ACCUCCUCUGAUUUGCCUUCUUCCUACCCAGAGUUUCCAAUUCUAACUGUAGCUUCUUCAGCCUUGGUCUUGGUAGGCUAAAGCGAAGUUAAGGUCGCAUUCAGAGACUGUUCCUUUGCACAGCCCCUGAUGGCUGGUUUACCGCAGAACCUAGAUGGAAGAAAUUCCGAUGCAGUGCGGAGCGUUUGACUGAGCCAUUUUAGGCUGUGAAGCUGGGCCUCUGUGGAGCAGAAAUUGUUUACAGAGCCGGAAAGUGGGACUCCCUGAACGGUCGCGCUGGCUGCAAAGUUUUGUCUUCCUUUUUAGAGACUUAACAAAAGCCUAAUCACUUGCUUUCCUAGGGCUCUUGAGAGAGAACUCCAGGGAGACUGACAGAAGAGAGCCAUCCCAUAUGACAAAUGGGUUUCAAAGAGGAAAAAAAAUCGUCACUACAAUAUAUUGAAAAAGUAUGAAAAUGUUCAAUGUCUAACACCUGUGGACUUCUCACUUCCAUGAAAGAGUACAGUGGGCUAUGGGAUGGAUGAAGCAGAGCAGGAUCAGCAUGAAACUCGUCUCAAAGAGAUGUUUCACAGUUUUGAUGCCACUGGCACUGGGUCUCUGUGCCAGCAGGAGCUGAUAGACCUCUGUCAGUUGCUGAACCUGGAAGAGGUGACACCAGCACUGCAGAAAACACUGUUUCAGGACAACCUCUUAGGCAGGGUGUACUUUGACCAGUUUAAAGAAGCACUAAUACUUGUUUUAUCCAGAACUCUCUCCUUUGAAGAGCACUUGAAAGAACCAGAUUGCUUGCCAGAAGUUCAGCCCAAAUAUAUCAAAGAUGGAAAAUGCUAUGGCCGAAGGUCUUUGCCUGAGUUUCAGGAACUUUUGGGGGAGUUUGCUGAAGUGAAAGUGCUUGAAUCACUGAAUGAAGAAGCUCAGUCUUCACUUACCACUGCCAGUGACUACAAUGAGUAUCACAAGACUCAGCAUAGUGAAGAAUAUGAGGCUGAAGGCCAAUUAAGAUUUUGGAACCCUGAUGACUCAAAUGCCUCACAAAGAGGAUCUUCUCCUACUCAAGACUGGAUUGAUGACAAACUGCAUCAAGUUUGUAAAGACCUGGGGAUAAGUCAAGAUGGCCAUUUGAACAAAAAGAAGCUAAUCUCUAUCUGUGAACAAUAUGACUUGAAAAAUGUCAACAAGGAGAUAUUUGAAGAUAUCUUCCAUGAUCUUAAGCCUGAUGAUACAAUGAAUUUGAAAGAUUUUUUCUAUGGUUUGUUUAAAAAUGGAAAACCCCUUACAACAUCAGCAUCAACUCCUUAUAGACAGUUGAAAAGGCAGCUUUCCAUGCAGUCUUUUGAUGAAAGUGGGAGACGCACCAUGACUUCUUCAGCAAUUACAAGUUCAAUUACCUUCAGAUUAUUCUCUUGCCUCGAUGAUGGAAUGGGGUAUGGCUCUGUGGAGCAAAUACUUGACACCUGGAAUGAAGAGGGCAUUGAGAAUGGCCAGGAGAUCUUAAAGGCCUUGGAUUUCAGCCUUGACGGAAGCAUCAACUUAAUGGAGUUGACCUUGGCACUAGAAAAUGAGCUUUUAAUCACCAAAAAUGGCAUGCACCAGGCAGCCCUGGCCAGCUUCAAGACUGAGAUCAGGCACUUGUCGGAGCAAAUUGACCAAGUAACCAGAGAAAAAGAGAAGUUGCAGUCAGAUCUUGAAAAAGCUGAAAAACUAAAGUCUUUAAUGGCCUCUGAAGUGGAUGACCAUCAUGCUUCCAUAGAACACCAAUAUGAAUAUAAACCUCAGCUUAUUGGUACUCCUACAUGUAGGAAACUGGAGGAAGUAUACAAGGAAAAGAUAGCAUCUUUCAAGAACGAUAUCCAAAAGGAGAGAGAACAGAUCCUGCAGCAGGUAGGCAAACAGCAUUUGGAACUGGAGCAGGAAAUAGAAAAGAUGAAAACUGAAGAGAACUACAUUCGGGACCGUCUUACCUUCUCCUUAAAGGAAAACAGUCGUUUAGAAAGUGAACUACUGGAAAAUACAGAAAAGCUUGCAGAGUAUGAGAGUCUGAUAACCAAACUGCAGAAGAAUUUGGACAAUAUGCUAGCAGAAAAGUUUCAUGACCUAGAUCCCAACAGUGCUGAGUUCCUUUUGCAAGAAGAAAGACUAACUCGGAUGAAAACUGAAUAUGAACACCAGUGCAGAAUGUUACAAGACCAAGUGGAUGAACUCCAGUCUGAACUGGAGGAAUAUCGUGCUCAAGGCAAAGUGUUUAAACUUCCUUUCAAGAAGUCACUUUCCGAGGAGUUUGAUGUUAGACAUCACAGUACGGACCUUGACCAAGGAUUUGGUUCUGAAAAUUAUAAUCCACUAAACAUGAGCAUAGAAGCAGAAUUGAUUAUUGAACAACUGAAAGAACAGCAUCAUAGGGACAUGAAAUGUUUAACGCUGGAACUCGAGGAUAAAAUGAUCCAUUAUGAAAAGCAGUUAGAUGAAACCAAGGCCAACUGUGAAAAAGAGCAAGAAAAUGUGAAACAAAAGUACAAGAAUGAGAUGCAUGCCUUGGAAAAACAAUUAAGUGCCCUUAAAACUGAAAUUGCAGAACUACAGAAACAGACAGUUGCUCUGAAGAAAGAACAACAACAAACAGACUGUAGGUAUAUAAAGGAGAAAAAUGAAUUACAAAUGAAGUUUAAUGAAGAAAAGGCUCAUCUCCAGGAGAAGCUGAAGUUAGAACAUGAAGCAGCUCUCAAGAAUCGACUGCAGCAGGUAGAGGAAAGCUUUAACAGAGAGAGGGAGGGUCUCAUUCAAAAUGGUACCUGGGCUGAAGAGAAGAUGAGAGACUUAGUUAAGGCAAAGGAAGAAGAGAAACAUAAACUUGAAGAAUUUUACCAGGAGCAGCUAAAAAGCCUAAUGGAAAAACAUGCUCUUGAGAAAGAAGAGCUACAAAAGAAACUACUAGAAAAGCACCAAAACAAACUGCAGGAGGAAAGGAAUAAAAUGGAAAUUGAGUAUAAUAGAAGAAACUCUCACAUAGAAGCCCAUUUUCUGAAUGAAUGCCAAAAAGUCCCAAGCAAAUAUGAAGACUUCCUAAUAAACCUGAAAGAUUCCUAUCAGCAAGAGCUGAAGGACCUAAUGGAACAGCAAUAUGAGGAAAAAUCUAAGUGGGAAUUUGAAAAGGAUGAACUCAUCCAGGAGUGUGCUGAAGCACAAGAACAACUUAAACAGACACUGAAACAUGAGAAAGCAAACUUUCUUGCUUUGACAAGACAGCAAGAGAUACUAGAGAAGAAAUAUAAAGAACAUUUAAUCAGCUUAGUAGCUGAGAAACAGCAGCUGCAAAAAGACCUAGAGGAACUAAGGAAUGUGGCUGAAAGUCAGCAAAACCAAAUGUUCAAGCAAAUAUUUGAGCCCAAGAACAGUCAUGAAAAAGGAUUUAAAGAUGGCGAGCGUUUCACGUCUCAGGUAGAUGAAACAGGGAAAUUAGAUAGGCAGAAACUUAAAGAGCAAGAGAUUAAGUGUGAAUAUGAAAAGGAAGACAUAGCUUCUCAAUUUCUCACAAUGGAGGACUUCAACAAAAAAACUUGUGAGAAAGCAGACAGAGAGAAAGUUGAGCUAAGUUUAGAAAUUCCUAGACUUCAGAAUAAGAUAAAGGAAUUGCAGCAUGGAAUACUUACCAAGCCUCAGAGUAGCUACCAAGUAGAAACAAGUGAAAAUGCAGACAUGGCUAGUGAGAUGUCACUGGUUCAGCAAGGUACACAACUUUUGGAAGAAAAUGGUGAUAUUCUCAUAAAUCUGCAACGGGCCCAUGAGAGGGCCGUAAAGGAAAAUGUCAAAAUGGCUGCUGAAAUCAUCAAGUUACAUCAGAGGCUACAAAAAUUAGAUCCAGAGUCAGUGACAUUAGCUUCUUUAGAGGAGUCAAAUGAUGACUUAUUCAGAACUUCACUGGAACAAAUAGAGAUACUUUCAUCACAAAACAGAAUAAAACAAGGCGAAGGCAUUGUUACCCAUAGUCUAUGUGAAUCACUAGAUGACAAUGUUCAAGAAUCGGAAAGGACAGAAAUAAGUUCUUUUCAGACACUAGAAACUAAAACGCAGGAGUCUUUAGGAUCAUUAGAGGGUUUUUCUGAGUUAGAGAAUAAUGAAGUAACAAGUACUGAGAGUUUGGACCUAAAAAAUAAGUUUCCUCAUCUUCAGGAUAGAUUGAAGGUCUUACACACAGAGUCUGAUCAAGCUUCUGACAAUAAGCAGGAUUUAAUUUUUGAUGUUUCUAUUCUAAAAAAGAAAGUAAAAGUACUUGAGAAUAAUCCUGAGGCUAUUGCCAAGUAGAUGUUAUAUGAGGACGCCAAUCGGGAAAAUUACUGUCUUCAGGAAGAACUCAAAAUGAUGGAAGCACAAUAUAAUAAGGAAAUGGAAAAUAACAGAGAUCUCACUUCAGAAGUUUUCAGAUUGCAGACUGAGCUGAAGAAAGUUGAGACAGUAACUAAAGCAUUCCUCAGGAUUAAACAGAGCUAUGGUGAAGUUAAAAUUGAAAAUGAAGACCUGAAGACUCUAGUUUUGAGACUUGAGGAUAAGAUUGAGAAACUCCAGGAAAGAUCAGUGGAGCAGUAUGAGUGUUUCUCUUUAAGUGAAGUUGGUUUAGACACCCAAGAACUAGAAGCUGAAAAAAAGAUACUAGAACAAAAUAAAAGGCUGGAACGAUGGGAUGAAAAACUUAUGAAUGUGAAGUCUGUUUUAAAAGAAUGUAAUCAAGAAAACCUGACCUGUGGGCAGGAAGACACAUGGCCUCUAGACAAAAUAAAGGUAUCUGAAGAUUUCUGGCUUCAGGGAAAGAUGAAUCCUGAAAAAACUCAACUAGACAGACCCAGCUUAAAAACUGAGGAAAAUGCUGUAUUCUCAGACCUUCAAGGGAAAUUUCACUGUAAUGACACAAGAAUAGCAGAAUUAGAAUUGGAGAAAAACAAGUUACAGGAGCUGACCAGGCAAUUAAGAGAGAAAGUAACUAAUUUAGCUAAACAAAAACAUCUACCUACUCGUGGAGAAAAAGAGGAGGAACUGAAGUCAAUGAUGUAUGACUUACAAAACACGUGCAGUGAGAUGCAGCACAAAGUUGAACUACUGAGACAGGAGUCUGAAAAAUUUCAAGAAGAAAACUCUAUUUUAGGGAAGGAAUUUACCACUUUAAAUGGAGAAGGUAGCAUUUCUUACCUAAAAUUAAGGGAAUUAAGGGGAUCUCAAGAAGAAAUAUGGAAAAAAAUAGAGACUGUAAACAAGGAAAAAAUUACUAUACAGAAGAUGGUCGAAAACUUUAAAAAACAGGUUUCAGAAUUAAAAGCCAGAAAUCAGCACUUGGAUUUGGAAAAUGCAGAACUUCUCCAAAAGAACACUGAAAAUGAAGCAGACCUUCAGUAUCUUCAUCAACAUUUAGCACAAAUCCUGUGUCACAAAGAAAAAGAGAUAGGAAAUUGUACAUUAGAAGAAUGGGGAAAACAAAGUUCAAAGCUAAAAGAGGAGCUAGACAACUGCACAGCAAAGUCAUCUGAUGUGGUGUCUUCUCUGGAGGCAGAACUAUCUAAAAUAAAGAUUCAAACCCAUGCUGUGGAACAGGAAAAUUUCUUUCUCAAAGAUGAACUGGAGAGAAUGAAACAAUUAGCAAAAUUAAACUUUCUAGAGAACAAAAUUGCAACUAUGAAGCUACAACAGAAGUCUUGGGAGGACCAGAGUGAAAUACUGAAAUCACAGCUUGCAGCUUCCCAGGAAAAGGUUCAGAAUUUAGGUCAUUGUCUACAGAAUGCUAACACUCAGAUGUCCCAAAUGAAGUCAGACCUGCAGAUGACCCAGCAGGAAAAUGAAGCCUUAAAGGAGGAAGUGAUGUCACUACACAAGCAAUUACAGAAUGUCAGUGGCAAGAACUGGCUUCCAGAAUUAGCCAUAUGUCCUUCAGGGUUACAGAACCGGCAGAAACUGAUGUCCUGGAAUAAGUUGGGUCAUCUGAUUAACCAAGAACAGCAGCUAUUAAUGCAGGAGGAUGCAAGACUUCAAAUUGUGGUGCAGAGCUCCACAGCAGAACUCAUACACUCCCAAGAAAAGGUUAGUCAAAUGAACAAACUUGAAGAAGAAUCGGAAGCAAUUCAUUUGGAAAAUCAAAGCCUGAAAAAUAAACAAGUAAAAGUAGAUGAGGAGAUGAUGGAGAUACAAGACUCGAAGUUCAAUUUGAUGCUUAAUCCAUCCUCACACCAUCAGAAUGUGCUGCUCCUUCGGCAGCAAGGUUGUCUUGUGGUGCCCAGAGAGCAAUUUCUGCAGCUUCAAAAACAGUUAUUACAGGCAGAAUGGAGAAAUCGACUCUUACUGGAUGAACUUGAAAACAGGACUUCUGAAACCAACAUGCCACAAGGGAGUCAAAAGCAGCUGGUAAUGGCUAUGGAGGAACGCAUGAUAGAAGUUGAACAAAAGUUGAAACUGGUAAAAAGGCUUCUUCAGGAAAAAGUGAAUCAACUAAAAGAACAACUUUGCAAGAAUACAAAAUCUGAAGCAGUGAUGAAGGAUCUAUAUGUUGAAAAUACUCACCUGUUAAAAACUUUAGAGAUUACUGAACAACAGCAGAAAACAGCAGAAAAGAAAAGCUAUCUUUUGGAAGAGAAGAUUGCAAGCCUCAGUAAUAUCAUCAGGAAUCUAACACCAGCACCAAUGAUUUCUGCACCUCCUCUCAGGUCAUAAAUGAGCCAUAAAAUCUACAUACAAGAAUAUAUACACUAUACUAAAAUAUAACAUUUCAGUAGGAUAUUCCUGUCCCUUUCCUCUCCCUUCUCAUGCUUAGGGUAUGAUUAUUUUAAUUUUAAUUUUCAGUUAGACAGUAUAAAUUACUGCUACUACAAUAAGAAGUAUGAAAGCCCUGAGUGCUUCUAAAAUGUGACAAGUUAAGAGGAAACAUCCUAAACUGAAGUGUUUGCUAAAAGAUAAAAGGGAAAUCUCAGCAUCUUACACAAAUUUUUUUAAAAUCGGUCCUUUUCGGAGUUGAGAAUAGUUUUACUCUGUGGUUUGAAUUAUUUCUAAACCUUGAAUUCAAUGUAUUUUAAAAAAAUAUUGUCUUUGUGGUCACCCUUGAUGAGAUGAAAUCCUAAUUUCAUAUGAAAUCAAGCCAAAUUAAAAACUUAAAACCCCUUUUAGCCAAUUUUUUAAAAAAAUUUAAAUCUGUACAAAGAGUAAUAUGAAUGUAAACUCUGAUUAUUUCAAGUUUGAGGGCUUGUGAAAAUGGUUAAAAAUAAAAGUAUUACAAAUA